AACUCGGGUAGAUCAACUAGACACUCUGUUGCCCUUUUCGACAGUUCUUCCCGAAACUCAAAAAAUCAAAAUGCGAGGAGAAGCCGGAGAGUUGGCCGUCAGCAGUGGUGAAAUCGCGACCGGAGCCUUGUCACCAGAGAAACAGCAAGAGCAAGAGCUUAUGGGCAAAUUGGCGGCAACUGGUAAACUUCCUGCUCGACCGGCCAGUUCAUUUUUGCAGAAGAAGUUGCAACAGAGGAAAUUUUUCGACUCUGGAGAUUAUGCAAUGGACAAGUCGAAAGCUGGAACAGGAUUGGGAUCCAAACCGCAUCCACUGGCCGGAGGACCUCCACCAGCAGCUCCCCCAGUUGUCGCGCAGAGAAGUCCUGCACCAGCAGCAACCACUCCGUCUCCAUCUGCUUCUCCGAUCUCACAGCAGACAAAUCGGCCAAGUUCUGAUAGAAAUAGUGAUGAUGACAAUCUGCAGAUUCCGCGUCCCGACACAGUUCCACAGCGAAAAGCUUCGAUUAUCAACCCAAGUGUGCACUGCAAACUGAGCCCAGCGCCGCAUGUUCAGCAUCACGAUGCGGCUUCUCCAAACGCAACAAGCGAAUAAGUCGAUUUUCAAAGGAAGCUUCUUAUGUAUACACAUCUUCUUCUGAAAAUUGUUCAUCUCUCGUUUCAUCCUCAACAUAUUGUGCACAGUAUUUUAUCAAUCACUUUGGAGUUUGGAAUUCAAAUGUAAUCCCUUCCAAUUUUCCCUCCUAAUUUUUCAGUUUUAUCCUAUUAUUUUAUACUUUUUAUCCGUUUUACCCUUUUCCCGCGAAAAUCGCAAACCAAUCCAAUCAUAAUCAUCAUCAUGAAAAGGCUGUUUCUUGCUAUUUCUUUCUCUCUCAUAAGUCACAUUGAAAGCACAUUUUCCAUUCUCUCAACACCUUCCCAACCUAUUUCUGUUCCCUUUUCUAUCAGUUGCUGUCAGCUAUCGUUUCCAAACAGGUAUUCAAUAUACACAACCACUGUUCUGUCGAUCCGCACAACAAUUCUCUCUAAGUUUUACAUCAAUUGUUCUUUAAAAACUCUGAAAAUGAUGUUCUGUAGUUAGCCUCUUUUCAAACACUUUCCCGAUUUCUCUUCUUUUUUCUGGUCUGUCCCAUUCUCAAUUUCCUCCUAAAACCUUUUUUGGAACUUUAUUGUAUUUAACGAAACAUUGAACAAAAAAAACAUGCAGAGGCAAA